UCAACCUGAAAAACGUUUUAUUACGGAUUUCGAUCCUGAAGGGAUUAUCUAUAAUAUAUCAAAUCAUUUUGAUGAGUUUGGAUGGCCGGAAGACGAGAAAUUUUUAACUGAUGAUAAAUAUUUGAUGGGCAUCAAUUUCUUAUCAGAAAAAGCAAAUUGGAUUCUAGAAAUAAUUUCACAUAAAAAUAAAAUAACAGAAGGCAAAGUAAAAGAAAAAUAUGAAAAGUUUGGACAUUAUUUUAAUAAAAAAAUGUUAAAGACAUUUGAACUGCUUGAUAGAUAUGCGAGGUUUAUUUAACUAAAUACUAAACAGAAAAGCUUGAUAAAGUGACACUCCGUAUUAAUUCACUCUCUGGAUUAAAAUCUCACUGUUUUCGGACUAGACUUAUCCAUAAAUUAACUCUAGAUUGAUCAUUAUUUAUGCUUAAAUUUACUUUUAGUUGUGUUGCUAAAUGGAAUAAGAAGAAUAUCAUAACAAUCACAGGUCCAAUAUCAGUACUUUCUGAUGUUUCAGAAAAAAUUGAAAAGGGGAGGAUUGUGAAGAGUUAUCCGGUUUGUAU